CAUUCUCCACAUUCGACUCCUCAAUAACCCGCCUAAUUGAUUCAUAAAAAUCUCAAGCAGCAAUGACUUCAUCUACCGCACACCCAUCUGCUGUAGGCACGAACACCCAACCUACCCAACCCAAAAGAAGGUCGACUGCAUCUCCCACCGCCAAAGCUCCAACUCAAAGCGCGCCCAAAUCAGACGACAGUCAGCUUCCGCCUCAAAGGCAUGCAGGAGCCGUCGGACUUGGUCCCUCAUAUAAUCAGGGAGUGGGUUUCGGAGACAAAAUCAGCGGGUUGCAAGAGGAAAUCAAGGGAAAGAUUAUGAAGAAACCGGAACUAGUGGAACAUGGGCGUGAAAAGCGUAUGGGGGUUUUGAAGAAGAGGGAGCAGGAAGAACAGGAUAAGAAGGAAGACCCGUUUACGACAUAGGGAGAUAAAGGUGCUCCCGGAGAGAAGGGUACGGUGGUGCAGGGUGCACCACAAGGAACGGAAGAUGCAUAGACAGGCCUAAAGCGAUGUGAGAAGCUAUUAUUAGGUCACGAGUACGCCGCUGCGUGUGCAUCGAUGUCAUGAAGAUUUUGUAGCGGUAGUUAACAUUGCAUCGUGGCUGAAUUAACACUGAGUUAUUUCAAAAAAACAU